AACCGUGGAGUCCUUCAGAAACAUUUCUCCCCCUUCCUCCAUCCCUCCUCUGUUAGACCCAAGUUUCCGCACAACUCUCCAAAUGGAUCUGACCAUUUUAACGCUUGUAUUUUGCCUUUAUGACGUCGUUGUCAAUGGCAACCCGAGCCCGUUAGUGGAUGUCGUUGUCGACCGUUACAAGAUACCUAAGGUUUGUCCCCGAGAGGUGCAAACAGAAGAUUUUAUCCGUUAUCAUUACAACGGGAGCUUUUCUGCAGAUGGGACCUUGUUUGACUCCAGUCAUGUCCGAGGAAACCCCGCGGUCAGCCAGGUGGGCCUGGGCAGACUCCUCCUGGGGAUAAACCGCGGUCUGAUGGGCAUGUGCGUCAACGAGCAGCGCAAGAUCACCAUCCCCCCGCAUCUGGCCUACGGGAGCGUCGGAUCAGAUGGUGUGGUUCCUCCCGACGCCGUGUUGGUGUUCGACAUUCUCCUGCUGGACAUCUGGAACGCAGAGGACAAAGUCCAGGUGCGCACGAUCAGCAAACCCGACAGCUGCCGCCGCACCACCGUGGCGUCGGACUUCGUCCGCUACCACUACAACGGCACCCUGCUGUCCGGGGAGGCCUUCGACUCCAGUUACUCGAGGAAUGCUACCUAUGACACCUACCUGGGACAGGGUGACCUCAUCAAGGGCAUGGAAGAAGGUCUUCUGCACAUGUGCCUUCGGGAGAGAAGGAUCGUCAUCGUCCCUCCCUUCCUGGCGUAUGGAGAGUCUGGUCAUGGAACUCAUAUCCCUCCACAGGCUACGCUGGUGUAUGAGGUGCUGCUGGUUGAUGUGUUCAACCCUAAGGACGAUCUGAUAGUUCAGGUGAAGGAGGUCCCUGAAGGCUGCACCCGCAGGACGCUGACCGGAGAUUUCAUCCGCUACCACUACAACGGAACCUUCCAGGACGGCACGGCCUUCGACUCGAGCUACGAGCGGAACAGCACCUACAACACCUUCAUCGGCAAGGGGCAGGUGAUCCAGGGGAUGGACAAAGCCCUGGUUGGGCUCUGCAUAGGGGAGAAGAGGAGGAUCACCGUCCCGCCUCACUUGGCGUAUGGCGAAGCGGGAGUCGAGAACCUUAUUCCCGGCUCGGCUGUGCUGGUCUUUGACAUUGAAGUAAUUGAUUUCCACAACCCCAAAGACCCCGUCGGUAUUAAGGUUACCUACAAGCCUCAGGACUGCAAAGUGACCAGCGAAGUGGACGAUUUGAUCCAGUAUCGUUAUAAUUGCUCCUUGAUGGACGGAACCUUGCUGUAUUCCUCGGACAACGACACAACUUCCUUCACGACUCUCGGAACAAACAAGGUGAUCCUCGGUCUCGAGGAAGGUUUGUUUGGCAUGUGUUUGGGCGAGAAGAGAGAGGUGGUCAUUCCACCGCACUGGGGCCAUGGGGAAAAUGGAGCUGGAGAAGUUCCCAAGAGCGCAGUGCUCUUCUUCGAGCUGGAGCUAGUGGAGCUGACAAAGGGUGUGCCUGAGGGCUAUAUGUUUGUGUGGCUGGGAGACGGCCCAGAUCCCCUCUUUCCUGCUAUGGACCUCAAUGGUGACGGAGAGGUACCUCUAGAGGAGUUUUCGGCCUUCCUCAUGCAACAAGUUGAAGAGGGCAAAGGUCGUCUUCGGCCAGGGGUCGAUGCCAAUAGCAUCAUUAAGGACAUGUUCGAUAACCAGGACCAAAAUAAAGAUGGGAAGAUUGUAGAAGAUGAACUGAAUGUCAAGGUGGAUGACGCGCCUGGACACGUGAUAAGAGACGAGCUGUAGGGGACACAGAAAAAUAUGGCGUGAAGUGGUUGGGGUCAUAAGGUCAUCAUGGCUGUUGAAUUUUACAGACUGUUUCAGAGAUUAAAACAUUGUUCAGUCUUUAUUUGAGGCAGUCAUGCAGUUUGCUGUUAAAAUAUGUUGUGCAAAAGGUGAAAAGGUGGCACAGUCUCAGUUAUAUUUAACAACCACUAUAUUGCACAUCUGGACUUAGCCCUUCUUGGAAAAUAUCACUUUAGCCAAUGCAAGGCCUUUGAUAAAAAUAAUGAAUAAACCAUUGGUUAUACGGUGCAUUGGAGUGGCUUGUUUAUGCAAUCUAUUGUGGACAAUCAUACAACAAAAAGUUAACACUACUUUAUUUCUUCCACAAUGUCAAUUAACAGAGAAGCACCAAUACAUUAGUUUGGAGUAAAAAUUCAGUGGCCUAAAUACUAACAACCAUUAAAAAACAUUUUUGACUAGAAUUUCCAAGGCCUUCAGCAGCCAAUCAAAUGCAGGUAAUAUUCAUGAGUCCAAGCAGAUGUUUGUGGUGAAUUUGCCUCGAGGCGAUGACUGAGCUACAUUAAGUUAACGAAAAACCAAAACUAAUAAGGCUUCUGAAGGCGAUGCACUGGGCUUGUGUCGGGGCACAAUGAAACACAACAGUCAUUAACAGGUUUUAUUUGAGACAGGUUGGAACAUGUGAAAAUGGAGACAAGAAAUGCACUACGGACUGGCACAUAGCCCAUAAAAAAAAAAUUAAGAUCGUCUAAUUAUUGUAAUGUGAUAAGUGACUUUUGACUUGUUGAGUACUUCACAAUUUUGAAAAUCUUUUUUUACAAAUAACUUGACCUUUCACUGACCACCUUGUCAUAAAAAUGGAGCUAUGCAUUUUUCUGUCCCCCCCCCCCCCAGCUGUUC